UUGCCAGAGAAAUUCUUCACAGCAACUUACACGAGGCAUUUUUUUCUUCAUAAAAAGAACACCACAGAAAGUCAUAGAUACCACUGGGUGGUGAGUAAAGGCAAAGGAAAUCCCCUUCAACUACAGAAAAAUCAUCUGCAGAUGUGACUACUAUUAUACAGGCACGACUGAGAACAGGGAGCCACCUAGAGUCAGCAUAUUCACCUCGCAGCUGCAUUCAGCCUGUAAAGAGGAACCACUGAGAAAAGGAGCAAGCCUUAAACUCCGUCAGGGAUAAAUGCUUACCCAGGAUAAGAAGGUUUCUCCGUCUACUUGGGUCCCUCUCUAAAGGCUAUCACAAUUUCUUCACCUAAAUAGUACGAAGGUGAAAGUAAGGUGAACUCUAAAUAAAAGCAACUCACAGCUCUCUUUUGGUACAGUAAGGAGAAAGUGUCCAGAAGUCUUCAAUAAAAAUGCUUUUCUACAUAUUACUCUUUCUUGGCAUCGUCUCUCUGUGGUGGCAUUGGAGGGCAAGAGACAGGAUGAAGGUUACAAAUCUCACUGGAAAAUAUAUAUUCAUCACUGGAUGUGACACAGGAUUUGGAAAUAUGGCAGCAAAGAUUUUUGAUAAAAAGGGAUUCCGUGUUUUUGCCAGCUGUCUGACUGAAACAGGAGCCAAAGAGUUAAAAGCUGUGACCUCGAAGCAGCUUCAGACAGUGCUGCUAGAUGUGAGAGAUUCAGACAGUGUUAAGAAAGUGGCCGCAUGGGUGGAAUCUGAAGUUCAGUCAGAAGGUCUCUGGGGACUUGUCAAUAAUGCUGGGAUUCUGGGCCCAACAGCUCCUACAGACUGGUUGGAUAUUGAGCACUUUAGAGAACCAAUUGAAGUUAAUUUAAUUGGACUCAUAAAUGUUACAAUAAAUAUGCUUCCCUUGAUAAAAAAAGCAAAGGGAAGGAUAGUAAAUGUAUCCAGUGUUGGAGGUCGCCUAGCAUUCAGUGGCGGAGGCUAUGUUCCUUCAAAGUUUGGGGUAGAAGGAUUUAAUGACAGCUUAAGGAGAGAUAUGAAAGCUUUUGGAGUUAAGGUUUGUUGCAUUCAACCCGGACUGUUCAAAACAGCAUUGACCGAUCCAGCACAGGUUCUGAAAGAGAAGGAGGUUAUUUGGAAAAAGCUCCCCCCUGAUAUUAAAAAACAGUAUGGAGAGGAGUAUUUUCAGAAAGAUGCAGCAAAGAAAGAAAAACUGUCCAAGAUCUGCCUUAACAAGGACCUUUCACCAGUUAUUCAGUGCAUGGAGCAUGCCCUAACAAGCCUCCAUCCACAUGCCCAUUACGUUGUUGGGCAGGAUGCUCAGUUCUUUUGGAAUCCCCUCGCAAGAAUGCCAGCAGUUAUACAAGACUUCCUACUGCUGCGGAACAAAGUAGAGCUCGCAGCUUCCAAUGCAAAGUAAAUAUUUGCCAAUAUAUCCCCUAUCACAGACAAGGCUGAUUCUGUAAGAUCUGUCCUUUAUAUCAGCAUAAUACAAAACAUACAUGAAAUACACCUGCAUUCCCUGUAAAUGUAAGAAAUAUAUCUAUUUCUCCAAUAUCUGCUACUAUUAAAAAAAACUACAUUAUUUCAUUUUUAAAGUGUAAACAAGAAAGAACAAAGGAACUAUUAAACUUUCAGAAAUGACUAAUUUUUCAGUUCUUCCACCUUUAAGGUUUUCAGUUUGAGAACACUUGAAGGUUCCAGUUCUUCACAAAGAUCCAUAAGACAAAAAUAUCCCAGGAAAACAGGGGAUGUGGCUUUAAGUCUCUACAGCAGGAAGAGUUUGGUCAUCUUGGGCAGAGAAGGGAAUGGAAACAGGGCCUUCCUCUGGGAGAAGUGAACUCGUGUAGGAAGGAGGAGAGAAAAUCCUCUUCCUGACGCUGCUUUCUUUAGCAGUCACUCCUAUUCAGUUUUGAGGCCGAGGAAAUUGUGAUUGCCUUUCCUUGGUACAGUCCUAACUGGAGAGAGAGCAAAAUAAAGUGCCCAAGUCGUUGAGCUGGUUGGGAAUCACACCCCUUUCCACUCACAGGACUUUGCAAGGGUUAGGUGAGGCGUUUUCCUGGUCAGCAUCCUAAAUCCUGAGGAUCUUUAAAGCCCAGCUCUACCACUCUCUUGUAAAGGAUCCACAGCUAGCUACAAAUGUAGGCUGUGGAUCCAAUUACAUGGGCCCAAUACCUGCACUUAAGGUAGUAAAGAGCUAAGGUGGUUUUUUUUUAAUUAAAAAAAAUAAAUCUGAGCUCGCAAGGCUUCAAGUCUGGGAGCUAUUUCUUGGCACAAAAAUAAUAGGCCUGUGUUUUUUGAGAUGCUGAGUAAUUCCUGUGGAGAGGUGCUGCUCUUGUUCAGUUCCUGACACAAGUGCCUGUUAAGACCCGGCUCCACUGGAAUUAAUCAUGGCAAAGUGCUUGAGAACUGCAGAGACCCCACGUCGAGUCUGUAACUACACAUUGCUGAGGAAGCUGCUUCCCACUGCCAUGGAAACUGCUCAGCGGUGAAACAAAUGCUUUCCUCAUGCUGGUGAAUUUGCUGUGACAUGGUCAGGCUAAAGAGCAAGUUACCUGGUGGCUAUCCACAUAGUGCUGGUUUUCAAUUUAGUUUCUUUGGAACAUGCAAAACAUCAGUUCUACUUUUCUCAGUGCAGCUUAUGCUUAGGCUUUAGAGGGGUCAUUUAAUUUAUGUCUCAGCUAUCUAAAAAAGUUAUUCCUUCUAGAGCAGGUUUGAGGUGAAUACCUCUCAACUGUUUACUCUUCCUAAGGUAUUGAUGGCAUUGCUAUAGUAGAUUUUAUUUUAAAACCAACUUUGCAUCAAUAAAAGUGACAGAAGAACAAGUUUUCUUUAUUUAGGAUUUAAUCUGAAGGCUGUUGUGUGGCUGUCGGGUGAGCUAGUAGCUUCCCUGUCACAAUCUGCCUGAGCUGUUAGCUCUCCAGGCAAGACAUCAGUCCACCCCAGUCAGUGAACUUCUUGGCUCCUGCAGAGCAGGCGACGUCGGGCCAUAGGGAUGUGACCUCUGAUCUUAGCAGGUAGCCCUGGUGUCACUUCACACAGAGCCUUUCCAGAAGCUAAAGCUGCUUUUUUUUUCCCCUCACCAAGA